AAGGCGUGGUCAGGAAGUGACAUGUCCGCGUCCUUAUACGGAGGUUCCUCGCCUUUCUCCGGUGACUUGUAGGUUAAAUUAGUUUAUCUUUUUCGUCUCAAAGUUUCGUCAUUUUUUGCCGGGACAGCGCCCUGCGGAGCUCAGCAUGGGCACCGUCCAUGCCAGGAGCCUAGACCCUCUGCCCAUGCAUGGGCCAGAGUUAGGAGUUCAAGCUGAUGACAUUGAUGCUCCGGAGAUGGAGCAAGAGCCGAAGCAAGAAGUUCUUGAAAAUAAAGAUGUUGUGGUUCAACGAGUGCAUAUAGACGGGCUUGGAAGAACCAAGGAGGACCUGCUGACUUAUGAAAUCUCAGAUGUUUUCCAGGCAAAGAACUUGAUUGAUGUUAUGCGAAAGUCCCAUGAAGCCCGACAGAAACUUCUGCGUCUCGGGAUCUUCAGAAAAGUUGAAGUUGUUAUCGACACCUCACGAGGGGAGGAUGCUCUUCCUAAUGGCCUUGAUGUGACCUUUGAGGUCACAGAGCUGAGACGUAUGACAGGCAGCUACAACACCAUGGUUGGAAACAAUGAAGGCAGUAUGGUACUGGGCCUGAAGUUACCCAAUGUAUUGGGUCGGGCAGAAAAACUGACAUUCCAGUUCUCCUAUGGUACCAAAGAGACAUCAUACGGUCUGUCUGUCUUCAAACCCCAACCAGGAAACUUUGAACGCAAUAUCACUUUGAACGCCUACAAAGUCACAGGUCAGUUUCCAUGGAGUUCAUUGAGGGAGACGGAUCGAGGCAUAUCUGCAGAACUCAGCUUCCCUGUGUGGAAGACCAGCCAAACCCUGAAGUGGGAAGGAGUAUGGAGAGAGCUUGGCUGUCUGGCCCGCACUGCAUCCUUUUCUAUACGGGAGGAGAGCGGCCAUUCUCUGAAGUCCUCACUCUCGCAUGCUAUGGUGAUUGACACCAGAAACUCCUCCAUCCUUCCCAGGAAGGGUGGUCUGUUGAAGAUCCAUCAGGAACUUGCUGGUUACACUGGGGGAGAUGCCAGUUUCUUAAAGGAAGACUUUGAGAUCCAGCUCAACAAAACACUCUUCUGGGACUCAGUCCUUUCUGCCUCAUUGUGGGGUGGUUUGCUUCUACCCAUUGGUGAUAAGCCAACAAGUAUAGCAGACAGGUUCUAUCUUGGCGGCCCCACCAGUAUGGGCCCACAGAGUGAAGGCGACUACCUGGGGGGAGAAGCCUACUGGGCUGGAGGCCUCCACCUCUACACCCCUCUACCCUUCAGACCAGGCAUGGGAGGCUUUGGUGACCUCUUCCGAACCCACUUCUUCCUCAAUGCUGGGAACCUUUGUAACCUCAACUAUGGUGAGGGUCCACAAGCACAUUUGAAGAAACUGGCUGAAUGUAUACGUUGGUCAUAUGGACUGGGCAUUGUGCUGCGCUUGGGGAACAUUGCCAGGCUUGAGCUGAAUUACUGCAUUCCCAUGGGAGUCCAGAGUGGAGACAGGAUAUGUGACGGGGUCCAGUUUGGAGCGGGAAUCAGAUUCUUAUGAAACUGCAUUUCUUUCCUGCCAGAUAAUUGCUUGUACAGAAUUGUUGCAACCAGUUUAGUUCAAUAAAACUAUUUGCACUGAC